UGCAGCUCCGCCUUUCUACCUCGUCCUACGUGAGGUCACGGGGGAGCGGUGAAGGAGGUUGCCUGUGCGAGCGGUGGUCUCUCCGGCUCGCCAUGAGGCGCGGUGAGCGGAGGAGUCAUGGAGGGGGGCCCGGCAAAGCGGCGCUGGAGGAGCAGCUCAACGGCGGCGCGCUUCCCGUUAUAGUGGGGGCUGCGGGGCUCCGUGCAGACUCGCUGGUAGCUAGCCCGACAGCCUCUCUUGGGGCCCGGCGCAGCACCGAGUCUGAGGUGUACGACGACGGCACCAACACUUUCUUCUGGCAAGCGCACACCUUAACAGUCCUGUUUAUCCUUACCUGUACCCUGGGAUAUGUGACCUUACUUGAAGAAACCCCACAGAAUACAACCUACAACACAAAAAGAGGUAUUGUUGCCAGCAUUUUAGUCUUUUUGUGUUUUGGAGUCACUCAGGCUAAAGAUGGGCCAUUUUCAAGACCUCAUCCAGCCUACUGGAGGUUCUGGCUGUGUGUCAGUGUUGUAUAUGAGCUUUUCCUCAUCUUCAUACUCUUUCAGACAGUACAAGAUGGAAGACUGUUCAUGAAAUUUAUCGAUCCAAAUUUAGGAGUUCCCUUGCCAGAAAGAGACUAUGGUGGAAAUUGCCUUAUAUAUGAUCCAGGCAAUGAGACUGAUCCAUUUCAUAAUAUCUGGGACAAACUAGAUGGCUUUGUUCCUGCUCAUUUUCUUGGCUGGUAUCUAAAGACACUUAUGAUUCGUGACUGGUGGAUGUGUAUGAUCAUCAGUGUAAUGUUUGAAUUUCUGGAGUACAGUCUAGAACAUCAGCUUCCAAACUUCAGUGAAUGUUGGUGGGACCAUUGGAUUAUGGAUGUACUGUUAUGCAAUGGACUUGGCAUUUACUGUGGAAUGAAGACUUUAGGGUGGCUUUCCUUGAAAACAUAUAAAUGGCAAGGGCUUUGGAACAUUCCCACUUAUAAAGGUAAAAUGAAGAGAAUUGCCUUCCAAUUCACACCAUACAGUUGGGUUAAAUUUGAAUGGAAGCCAGCAUCCAGCCUUCGCAGAUGGCUAGCAGUCUGUGGUAUUAUGUUUGUAUUUUUGUUAGCAGAGUUGAACACUUUUUACUUGAAGUUUGUCCUUUGGAUGCCUCCAGAACACUACUUAGUCCUGCUGCGACUUGUCUUUUUUGUGAACGUGGGCGGUGUAGCCAUGAGAGAAAUCUAUGACUUCAUGGAUGACCCGAAGUUUCAUAAGAAGUUGGGUCAGCAGGCUUGGCUGGUUGCCGCCAUCACGGUCACAGAACUCCUUAUUGUCAUAAAAUACGAUCCAUACACCUUAAUGUUGUCACUUCCAUUUUACAUUACUCAGUGCUGGAUCCUUGGAAUCAUGCUUGUACUCAUAUGGACAGUAUGGCGCUUCUUCAUUCGUGAUAUCACCUUGCGGUACAAAGAGAUAAGAAGGCAAAAGCAAGAACACAAAUACAGGAAGGACAAGUGUCUGAGCAACGGUGAUGGACUUUCUGCUUUGGCAGAUGAGCACAAUGGGAAUAAGUUGAGAGAGAAAAAACUUUGAACUUGAGUAACAAAUUAAGGGCUAAGUGGAUUAUCUUACUGGAGUCAGUAUAACUUGAUUUGCAAGUUUAACCCUAUCUAAUUUUGUAAGUUUCAAUGUUUUCUCAUGUGUGAGAAUCCAGUUGGGAAAGAUGUCAUCUGAUCUUGUUUGCAGAAGAUGUUUACAGAUAAUAUUAGAAGCAACGUUUCCCCCCAACAAAGGGGGUCUCCAUCUGAGUGUGUUUUUAAAUAUUUGUGUCAUCUUGCAAAAAGGAAGUUUGGGAAGGCUUGGACAGGUGCAAAGGGAAUCCAGUAGCCUCAUUUUUGGAACACUGUUACUGCUUGGGGCAUCAGGGACACAUUUUAUGGAAUUAUGUGCACGGUGAAGAACAGUUGAGCAUUUCCCACUGAAACAACUGCCGUGAAGUGUGGUGUAAUAACUCAUAUCCUUUUGAUUCAUUCACUUAUUAAGGGCACUGUUAGCAAGAUAAAUGGAAGGAUGUGGUUGAAGCAAGAAAACAAACUGCAUAACUUGCACAGCCUACUAUUAUGACUUUCCCAGAGGUUUCCUGAUUCUGGCUGCCUAUUUCUUAAAGCAGAGCAUUACCUUGAAGCAGCAGCCUGCUAAUAAAUACCUCUUAGUCCAUCUCUAUCCUGAUCAUCUCUUUAGGUCAGCAAAUUUAACUUUGCUGUCUGUUAGCGAAAUAGAGCAAGUGAAAGCUAGUAGAAGAGUUAGUCCACCAAAGUUGUGUGUUCUUUGCCUUAUUCCUCCACCGAAUCAUUUUCUGCUCUUUCCGAGACUGUGGUUGCUUCAGUCAUGGCUCCCCAUUUUGCAAGACAGAGAGUGUCAUUUGAUCCUCCAGAGUAGCUUAAGUGCACUAAAUACUGUGCGGAUGGGGAUAAGCAACCGCAGUGUACACAGUCAUCCUUUGAACGAUUGGAGGCUACAGCUGACAUUACCUCAGAGCCUCCAGUCCAAGGGUGUUGUGUUUAUCUUGCCUCCUGGAACAAAGCUUGGGCACGUGGUGUCCUUGUUUAUAAACACCUUUUCUAUGAUGACAGUUGUUAUCAUAGGAACUUGUUGCACAUUCCUAAAACAGCUAUGCGGGUUUUCCAUAUAACACUGAAUUAAAUUUUAUCAGUCCUGAAUCUGUUGAAACUUUUUAGACGUUUAUUUUGAAGUGAGUAUAAGCUAAGCAUUCUAAGCCUCAUCUUGCCUCCUUCGUCCACCGAAAAUCUCUAAACAUGCUGCUGGUUAAAGCACAAUGCACAGACCUUGGCUCACUUUCAGUUGAUACUUGAAUGGUAAAAGUCUGCCUUCCCUUGUUUCUACAAUGACACUACUAUAGUUCUCUUGUAAACAAUGGACACUUUCAGCAGGGCAAAAUAAAAACAUUUCCAUUAAAAUGUUUUUCAAAGUUUUAGCAAGUGAAGCAGUCUUUAGCAUAUUACAUGAGUGAAGGAACUCAUCUUCAUGACUGGUAUGAGGAAGAUCACUUGAAGGUUAUUGAUUGUGCAUAAUAUAAUGUUAAGGCUUUGAAUGACUGGUAUUUAAAAUUUAGAAUUUCUCUACUGUUCAGUAAUAUACUGUGGACUGUAACUAGACAUUGACAGACUAUUCUUAAGGGCAUAUGCUGAGUUGAACUAAUGUGUAUAAGAAGCCGUUCCUCCAUAUGGACACAGUGCAUUUUUGAAUCUGCGGGUUCAUUUUGUACCUGCCUUGUGAACUGACUAGUGGUAGUGCUUGUGCUGGAGUGACCCCAGUUUUACAAGGUUUGCAUAGGCAAUAUAGUCUGUCCUUGUACUAGUGAACUCUGCCCUUCUUGUAAUUUUUGUGUUGUAAUGUCCUCCGUGUAAUUCUGGUGAUAACAAGUGCAAUGGGGCACACUUGAUAGGUUGUUUUAUUUUUUAAAGAAAUCUCUUGUUAGGAACCAAUUACAUAAAAUUUGAAGCAUAAGAGGCAGGGAAACUGUUUCCCAUGUUGGAGUUGACCUACUUUCAGACUUAAUUUUAUACUGAUAUUUGUUCACAAUGAAAUACUGAGUUUUACAGUUAGUCUGUAUAAUUGAACAAGUGUAAUAAAAGGAUGUUUGCUGAUGUA